UUUUAACAAGCCGUGCGUGGAACAGUUCUUCCUGUCAGCUGAGUUCAUAGUUAAAAUGUCAGUUUUAUUCGAAAAGUGCCUCACGUGUGGGGCAUCUAUAGAACUUUCUAUCCUCGAAAAACACGUUAUGAACUGUUUUAUCCCCCACAGGAGAAACACCCGUUCUAGAAACAGUAUUAAAGUUAACAUACUUCAACUUAAAGAGUUGUUAGAUCAUAGAGUUCCAGUCGAAAAAAUCUGCCAAAAACUAUCAGUGUCCAGGAGAACACUCUUUCGAGUCAUGAAAGAAUCCAACUCUUAUCAGCUAGGCCAAACUACACCCAUGUUUCUGACGAUAAGUUAAAGGUUUGCAAAUGUUCAAGAGAUACUUAGUAUCCCAAAAUGUUUUAUUAAAACAGAAGAGACUGAGAUCAUGCUACCUGGACGUCCGAAUAAGUGAGAAUGCUCCCAUGAGCUAUAGGAUCCAUCGAAGAGUGUACCAUGUUAGAUCCCCACUAACCCUAUGGCACAUAGAUGGGCACCAUAAAUUUGACAAAUAUGGAUUUAUUAUCCAUGGUGCAAUCGAUGGUUACUCCCGACUCAUUCCGUAUAUUUCUUUGGAAGAUAACGAUAAUUCUGAAACUGUUGCUGGCCUUUUCGAAAAAAGUGUAGAGGAGUGGGGUUACCCAGCGAGUGUGAGGUCAGAUUUGGGUGGGGAAAAUGUGUUGGUUGCAUAUUUUAUGAUAAAAGUCAGAGGUGUUAACCGUAACAGCUUUCGUACUGGAAAAUCUGUGCAUAAUCAACGAGUAGAGCGACUGUGGAAUGAUGCAAUUGAACGGUGCACAAUCACAUUUAUGGAAAUGUUCCAAGAAAUGCAAAUUGACGGUCUGUUGGACGUGGACUCCGAGAUGGAUCUCUUAUGCCUACACAUGGUUGCAUAUGAUGUUAUCCAGCGCUCUCUCCAAGCUUUUAAAAACGCCUGGAAUUGUCAUCCCAUUAGGACUGAACACCAUAAAUCUCCUAUGGAGCUUUACAUUUCGGGUCUUAAUCAGCUGAUGGAGGAUGAGGAACAAGGAAAGUUUGAAGGACAAGUAACUGAACUCAUCCAGGGCAAGAAACUAAAACUCUUGACUCAUGGUGUGGCUAUGUAGAUACUUUCCAUCGGUGUGUCUUGGACAAAUUUAGAGUCGAUCUUUCAUUACAUGAUUUAGUUGCCGGGGAAA